AUGGGGGAGAUACCAUGUCGUGGGCCCAAUGCGGUCGGCUUAAACAGACGUCAACUGCUUUGCGUAUCCCUUGUCCACUUAAAGGAUAUAAAUCAAUGUCAUUACGGUGAUGUGGUUGACGAGCGACAUAUUCUUCUUUUGUGUGGAUAUCCAUUGUGUGGAAAACAAAUGGAAAACGUGCCUACAAAAAAAUAUCAAAUAUCAGUAACCAAAAAUAAGGUAUACGACAUAACAGAUCGUAAAAAGUUUUGCAGUUCCUAUUGCUUCAAGGCAUCGGAGUUCAUUAAAUCACAGAUCCUUUUGGCUGAGCAGAUAGACGAUUCGACAUUCUGCACCAUGAACGACUGCGCCCCCACCAGGAUUAUGGGUAGCUGCAGCAACUCGCCAGACCUCACAAUUGCUAGCGCUGGUUUGAUCAAUAGCAUUUCAUGGCGACCUAUGCUAACACUAGCAUCAGACCAUCUACCCAUAAUCAUCUCGAUCAAUAAGCCCACCGACUUUGCUCCCGCGGACCACCGAAGCUACUCCAACUUCAACAAAGCUGUUUGGGAAGGCUUCGCGGAAGUCACCGAGAGCAGCUUCGCCGCCCUUCCCACACCCACAAACAUACAUACUGGCGAACGCCAGUUCCGCAGGGUAGUCACUGCCGCAGCGGCUCGUUUCAUCCCGUCUGGACGUAUCGCGGAAGUCCGCCCAAAUUUCCCGGCCGAAGCAGCUGUCGACCCCGGGGACCCUCGUCUGAGGGACCUUAAUUUGGAGAUUCGGCAACUGGUAAAUCAGCAUAAGCGG